AUGGAGCCAAAGGAUGUGGGCUUCUUACCCGCGACCCGUUCUAGUGGUCUCGAAGCGCCGUUUGGUCUCUUUGACAACGACGAGGAAGGCACCAACGCCGCGAUCGCCCAGGUUCUCGCCAACAACAAGCUCAAUUCGGUGCGCAUGCCGCUCUGCGUCUCGAGCAUCCUCGAGAACAAGGCGCCCGAAGUGUCGAUCAUCAACCGCGUCACCAACCGCGCACUGGAUCUGACGUCGUAUCUCGGGUUGCUCCAGACGGUGACCCAGUCGCUCGGGUAUCGCCAGAUCUCGGUCAUGAUUUCCAUGCACACGCUCGACAUCCGAAACGAAGGGAGUCCGCUCUGGUACAGUCCGGAGACGCCGGUCGAGGAUUUCUUGAAAGCCAUCGACAUGCUCACGGCCGCGCUCUGCUCGGACAAGUACUGGAACGUCCUUGGCAUUGACGUCAAGAACGAACCGUUUACUGCGACGUGGGGUGAUGGCGGCAAGAACGAUUUCAAGCUCGGCGCCGAGCUCAUUGGCGCGCGCGUUCUCAAAGGCUGUCCGAAAUGGCUCGUCUUUGUCGAAGGCGUCAACGCCCAGCAUACGAUCGUGACGCUCGAUGGCCAAGCGUUUGCGUACUACGACUGGUUUGGCGGCGGGCUCCAGAAGGCCGGCGCCUUCCCCGUCGUCCUCCCCACCCCCGAGAAGCUCGUGUACGCGCCGCACUACUACAACCCGGCGGUGUUUCCGCAGUACUAUCUCUUUGGCGGCGGCAAGGUCGGGGCUGGGAACGCCAUCAACGGCUACGUCGAGCUCAGCGACGAGAAGCUCUUGGGGCGUGUGACCAAUACCAUCAAGAUGCAGCGCUGCACGGACUUUACGAUCAAGGCGAUUUUGAGCGAGAGUUAUGCCGGGGGCUACAUGUGGUCGCUCAACCCCGAGUCCGCGUACCAGUACAACCCGGCCGAUACGCCGGGCAACUAUGUGGAAGGUCUCUUGAAUCUGGACUGGCGCUCGGUGAACGCGCCGUUUUUGAAAGCCAUGAAGCCCUUGGAUGCGAUGCCACACCUCAAGAUGAUGCCGUGCUUUAGCACCUGAAUACUCGCGUCAAGAGGAAUUGCAUAUUAUAGUAC